AUGAAAGACAGAUUUCACCAGAAAAAUCUCUCUCGCUACACAAGUUUUGAGCUAUUCCUGUACGAGUUACUAGACCAAUUCCUCAUCCUAUUCAUCGUCUCCCCGUCCGCAGUGCUGGUCUGGCGAGGAAGCUGGAAAUUUUUCGACGAAUUUCUCUUUCCCGAAUACUUAUUGAUCAGCGGAUGGGUUUCCGUGGGCAUCGGGUAUAUUUUUAUAAUAAUGACUUUCUUGUUCGUGGAGUGGAAAGGCGGUGACCUCAAACUUUUCGAAAAGUACAAAGAAUGGCGUCUAUUCAUGUACCCUCUGUCCAUCAGCGUAUUACACGCGUGGCGUGGUGUUUGGAUGCUCUUAGAUAUAUAUUGUUCCAAUGACGGUUAUAAUUUAUUAAUCUCGCACGUCGUAUCUUUCGUCGUUCUUGGCUUAACCAAAACUGUAUCGAACUCGAUGUUCAUACCGGCAUUUUAUGCAAGCGAUUAUUGCGUCACGCCUUUCCAAAUCGGCACCGCGUUUGGUACAGCGAAUACGCGAACUAAUCCAUUUUACAAACUAUUCGAUUAUCUCUUCACCAUGACUGUGAUUACUGUAUCGACGGUUGCAUUUUGGAGAUCAAGUUGGACGGCUUUAAAUGUUUACGUGUUCCCAGAUCACGAGGCGUUCAGUAAUCUCUUGUCGAUCAUAGUGGGCUAUACCAUUAUUGCAUCGUUCAAAUUGAUAGAGGGCUCACUCAAGUCGUUAGCGGAGUGUUCGAAAGUUGUGACAUUUAUUCUGCAAGCGGCGUUCUGUUAUUCCAUGGGAUUUGCUGCGAUUAAUUUGUGGCGUGGAACUUGGCAGAUGAUUGGGUUGUUAUACCCAGGUAUGUGUUGCAUU